AUUAUCAAACCGCAGCUGGACCAACUCGAAAACGCUCGUUCUCGUGAGCAGUUCUUUGCUCUGUCUGAAUUAGUCACUCAAAACUGGAGAGACCAACGCCAAAGGAGGUAUGCCAAGUGGUUUGAUGAGCAGUACCUCACGGACCCGUGGGACCUGUGGUUCAUCACCGCCAGCAACGUCGCUGGAAUAGUACCCAACCAGAAUCCAAUUGAAGCACACCACAGCGCUAUCAAAAAGGUAGCAGCAGGCCAUUUGCGAGCAGCGAUAUCGCAUGUCUUAGCCGUCACUUUGCCAAAGAUAGUGAUUCACUGCGGCCGCGAUACAAAUACCGAGUUCUUGUGGCCGUUUGCAUCAGGUCCCGUUGAUGAAAAAGUGUAUCAAGCUGCCAAACGGCUCUGUGAACCUGGCAAUCACUACCCAUGCCACGAGCGGAUGUCUAAGCGUGAAAUCGCCAACAUCAACCGCUACUACUUCAAUGGAGACUAUUACCUCAUUCACGAUGAAAAUCUGUACGGGCAAAAGGUCGUGAACAGCAUCCAACUAUCGUACCAGUCCCACGCUGUGGAUAUUCUAUCGCGAACUCCUAUUGAACACGACUGGGCUUCUCCCAUGUGGACAAUUGAAGAGAUUCGGGCCCUGCGAAGCAAAUUUAAAUGCGACUGUAAAGAGUUUUACCAAACGGGAUGGCUGUGUGGGCACGUUAUGGCGUGCUUAAAACUCGUUGAUGGCUUGGACUUUUCGCUGAUGCUACGAGGCUUGCUGAUGAGACGCCCAUCCGGUCGACCAAGAAAGAAAAAACAGUGUCUUGAGCGUGAAAAGCCAUCACCUGGCCAGUACAGUGUCGAUGCUCUCAUUUCCCGGCUCAUUAAAACUCCUGCGAGCGUUAUCAAUUGGAGCGUGCUCAGCACAUGGCCAACUAAGAACCGGGAUGGCGAAAUCGAAGAUCGAGACUUUGUGGGGGUAGUGGACCCUCCCUUUAUGAAAGGUGGGGCUCGCUAUUGGGACGUUUACUACGAGAAACGCAGUGAAACGGUGACCAUGGCAGCCGAGGAGCUCGCCAACGCGAAUAACUACGCACAUCGGAUGGGGCAUCACAUUGUUCCCCCCCCGGGAAUUGAAAACAAGCAGGAAGUCGCUUAA